AUGGAGGGUGUGAAUGUGGUUGAGAAAAAUGAAGUUAACAAUACUAAUGAGGGGAAGAAAGAAUGUGAAAAUGGUAGUAAUGAUGUGAGUUUUCAUGAUUUGUAUGAAGAAAAUGGUGUAGAGAGGCAUUGCAAUAGUAGUGGCUUGGAAUCGUCUUGGCCGCUUUCAUUGGAGUCGUCGGUUCGUGAAGUUGAAGAGAAAAAGGAUUUGGGUUGUGAGAAUUUUGAUAAACAAGUCUUAGUAUUACCAGGACUAGAGAUUGAGAUGAUGAAGGAAAGGUUUGCAAAAUUGUUACUUGGAGAAGAUAUGUCAGGAUGUGGAAAUGGAGUCCCUACAGCAUUGGCUAUAUCCAAUGCCAUAACUAAUCUAUGUGCAACUAUUUUUGGGCAACUUUGGAGAUUGGAACCGUUGUCGUCGGAGAAGAAAGCAAUGUGGCAAAGAGAGAUGGAAUGGCUUCUUUGUGUCAGUGAUCAUAUCGUUGAGUUUAAACCUAGUUGGCAAACAUUUCCAGAUGGAAGCAAGUUUGAGGUCAUGACUUGUAGACCACGCUCAGAUCUUUACAUCAAUCUCCCAGCUUUGCGAAAACUAGACAACAUGCUUCUCGAUAUACUAGACGGUUUUGUCGAUACCGAGUUCAGGUAUGUGGACCAAGGUGUCAUGGCCUCAGACGAAGACGGUUUAUCCUCUUUUCACCAGUCGGUUCAGAGACAAGAAGAGAAAUGGUGGCUUCCUGUACCUCAAAUCCCUCCUUCCGGUCUCCAUGAAAAUUCAAGAAAGCAGUUGCAGAAUAAGCGCGAUUGCGCAAACCAAAUAUCGAAAGCCGCAAUGGCCAUUAACAACAUCACUUUGGAUGAAAUGCAGGUUCCUGAUACCUACUUAGAGGCUCUUCCAAAGACCGCGAGAACCAGCUUGGGAGAUGUUAUUUAUAGAUACAUUACAUCAGAUAAUUUUUCUCCUGAAAGUUUGUUAGCUUCUCUUGAAGUAACUUCCGAGCAUGAAGCCAUAAAGAUUGCAAAUAGAGUAGAAGCAUCGAUCCAUAUUUGGCGUAAAAAGAACAACUUAAAGCCCGCGAAUCGCGCUGCAAGAUCAACUUCAAGAUCAUCAUGGGAGAUGUUCAAGGAUUUGAUUGUUGAAGGAGACAAAAGUGAAAUGCUUAUAGAGAGAGGAGAAAGCCUUCUGCUAUCCUUGAAGCAACAUUUUCCUUUUCUCCCUCAAACAUCCUUAGAUGUCAGCAAAAUCCAAUGCAACAAGGAUGUUGGAAAAUCCAUUCUAGAGAGCUAUUCGCGGGUGCUAGAGAGUCUGGCGUCGAAUAUUGUUGCGCGAAUUGAUGAUGUUCUCUAUGUGGACGACUUAACGAAACAUUCUGAUGAACUCUCGUCUUUAUCGAAAGUUGGUGUGAUUCCUCGUACGAGUAUUUCGGUUCCAUAUAAGGUAGUGACAAAUUUUCUUAGCAUUGGGAGAAAAGAGGACUAUGGUUGUCCAAUUGAUACAAAGUUGGUUCCAAAACUAAAUACAUUUGAUGAAGUGGCAGCAUCUGAAAUAGGUAAAGAACCAAGUGAUUGCAUAGAAGAUUUUAAGCUUGAUGUAAUGGAUCAGGCAUGGAUUGAGUGA